AUGAGUAGCAAUAAUUAUUCUAAUCUUAAUAAAAACAAUUAUAACUUACAAUUUCAUGCUAAUUAUAAACCAAAAUUUUUAGAGCACUGUGACUUUGAACUUGAUUAUAUCAACUAGAAUUAAAACCAUGAUUUUUUAUAAAAGAGUGAAGAGCUUAGCUAAGAAAUAAAUAUGUUUCUAUAUGGCACAAAUGAAUUAUUGAAGAAAAAGCAAAGUUUAAAAAAUGAUGAAGAAUUAAGGGUGAGGAGUAUUUGGUAAAAGUCAGAUAGCAAAGUAUUAUAACAGGAAAAAUAGUAACAUUUAGAAGAAAAUAAAUAAGAAAGUAAAGAAGAAAAUUCUUUGAGCGACGACAGCUUUGACGAAGACAUGCUUUUAGAAUAAGUUAUAUGCUGUGAAAGUGAAAAAGAUAUGAUAUAAUUCAUAGAAAUAAAUGAAAUGAGAUGCCCAAUUAUGAAACCAAAUUAUAGUAAGUUGUAUUAAAAACUCAAGAAAAGAGCAGUAAUGCUGAUGAGUAUUUUAAAAAAAAAGUAUAAUGCCUAAAACAAAGAAAAUAGCAAUAAUAAAUUCAAGGAUUAUGAAAUAAAGAAUAAAGAAUUGUAAUUUGAACUAGAUAAAUAUAAAAAUGUAUACAACAAUUUAAAUAAAAAGCUAACUAAUUAAUAUGGAAAGUAUGCUACUCUAGAGGGCUAGUAUGUUUAGCUUAAAGCUAAUUUAGAGGAAUUAGAAAAUUAAAAUAACUUUUUUAAUGAACCUUCAGUUUUAAAAAUUGAUUUAUAAAAACUCAUACAACUUGAAAAAAAAACUCAAAAAACUUUAUAGCAAAUAUCAGAAAAAAAAAGUGAAAUAAUAGAAUAGCUUUAAAAUAGAAUUAAGCAGCAACAUGAUUCUCAUAAAUCUAUGUGCGUUAUUUGCUAAGAAAAACCUAUUAAUUGCUUAUUAUAACCUUGUUGUCAUGCGUGUUGCUGCGAUGAUUGUGCAUAAGGCCUAGACCAAUGUCCUAUGGAUAGGUAGCUAUUUACAAGCAUAAAAAAAAUAUACCUUAGUUGA